AUGUCUAACACCACCACCAACCAAACCCUCCUCGCAGCCAAAUCCUGGCUCCAGGAUUAUCACUCCUUAGGCGACCAACUCACACCCGAACUCGCCGUUCCCAAAUUCUAUGCUCCAGACUGCGAGAUGAGAUUCCCAGGCCACUCUCCGAUCAAGGGCCAGGAAGCAAUCAUCAACUUCUUCAAAGAGCAGUCCACGAUCCUGGAGAGCAUGAAGCAUACUAUUGGUCAUGUGGACGUUCUUCCUGAUCGCAUCUAUCAGGAGGCGACUAUUGAGUACGUUUUGAAGGGUGAUGAUGAGAAGAAGGUGGUUAGUGUUCAGGGUAUAGCAAUCUUUGGGAAGGGGGUGGAUGACGAUAAGAUGAGGUUUUUCACGGUGUAUCUGGAUAGGAGUCCUUUGGUGGAGAGGGUUAGGGUUAUUAGUGCUAAGGGUGGUGACUCUCGGGUAUCUGGUGUGAGUUCCGCAUCGAAAUGA